AUGGAAGUACAAUACAUUUUGGGGAUUUUGCACAAUCUUGAUUUAGCCAUCUGGGCUGUUCUCAUUUUCAUAGCCUUCGUCUUAGUUACUCAGGCUCACUACAAAGCCCAAUUAGCCAAACUUCCUACUUUUGAGACUGACAAAGGUAAUGAGAAAUGGAGAAGGACUUAUUCGGAUUCGGCACGCAUGCUCUAUCAAGAAGGGCAUAAAAAGGUCGGCUCCUACCUUUUCAAAGACCAAGCCUGGAUCAUGCCAACUUCAGAUGGCCGUAAGAAUGUCGUCGUGCCUGGUCGGCUUUUAUCAGAGUUGAGUAAACUACCUGAAACGGUCCUAAGUUUCCCUACGGCAAUUAACAAGGUAUUAGAGGUUAAAUACACUAAAGUUGCUCCUGAUGAGCCAUUUGCGCCUUACUGUAUCAAGGCCGAUUUGAAUCCUGCUUUAUCUAGGCUGAACCCCAUUAUCUAUCGGGAGGUUGAAAACGCUCUAGAAGACGAAAUCCCACAAUGCGAAGAUUGGACACCGGUAUUCAUUUAUCGGAAACUUUUGAAUACAGUAGCGAAAGUGUCUGGGAGAAUAUUCGUUGGCGCGGAGCUUUCCCACAACAAAGAUUACCUCGAUACAGCGAUCAACUACACCAUCGAAUUGGGCAAUGCAGUACAAGCUGUCAAGCAAAUGAAGCCCUGGCUUCGGCCCUUCCUGGCAUGGAAGCUUCCAGAGGUCCAACAACUCAAUAAGCGUGAGGAGAUGGCAAUACGAUUCUUAGAGCCGAUUAUACAAGCUCGCCGCGAGGCCUCUAAGGAUCCAGAUACCAAAAGCCCGAUGACAUGCUGCAGUGGUUCACUCUUAAGACGCAUCGUGAAAAUGCAGCUUCUGGUAAUAUUCGCCGGGAUCCAUAACACGACGGUGACUGCAACCAACGUCUUAUAUAAUCUCGCCGUUUCUCCCGAGUACAUGCAGCCUCUGCGUGAAGAGAUAUGCAAGGCAAUAUCAGACAAUGAUGGGACGCUCACUUCACGUGCACUGCAACAGGUGGAAAAGCUUGACUCGUUCAUGAAAGAGACAAUUCGCUUCUACCCCCAGAACUCACUUCCUUCUCGCGCCAAACGCGGCCAAUACAUCCCACCAGGUACAUCUAUCGAAGCACCAUUACAGGCCAUAUAUCAAGAUGAUAGCAACUAUCCCGACAGUGAUACCUUCGCCGGUUUCCGAUUCUACAAGAUCCGGCAGGGCGGUGGGGCAACUGUACACGCUCGCAAUCAAUUCGUCACGUCCAACGAACAGAAUCUCGUCUUUGGAUAUGGAAAGCAUGCGUGUCCAGGAAGAUUCUUAGCCGCUGCGGAGAUCAAGAUGAUCGUUUCCAAAAUACUUUUAACCUACGGUUUCAAAAAUGCGGACAAUUGGACGGAAAGAUAUUCGAAUUAUGAAGUUGGUCGACUAAAUAUGCCUGAAAGGGCCAUUCCACUGCUCUUUAGGAAGACGACGGCACAAGACAGUAGUUUGUGA